UCGUCCUGCAAACAUGAGUAGGAUUGCUGGUCUUCUGCGACGUACCUUUGGUAUAAUACGCGAGCACGUCGGCACAGAUCAUCUGGGGAAUAAAUAUUACUUAAUCCCAGAACAGAAGACGUGGACAGGGUUAGGGCUUGUCUUUACCUGGAUGCAGCCAGUCGACGUGUGUUCUGUACACUGUGCAGGAGGAAAGCAUAGAGUGAGAGAGCAGCACGACACGGCUGGAAUGACAUUGAAGAGGUGAUGAAGUUUAGCAGGAUGUGUUCAGGGUUCAAAGACCAGCCCCUCGGAGUGCGUCACGUCUUAUUCUAACGAAGCAGAAGGCUGGGCACCGCCGCCGUUUGAUCGUCUCCCCGGCUGGCUGCCACGGCAACCCCUCACCCAUCCUGUCUCCUCCUUUCCUUUCUUGCCUCCUCCCCCACCCCAGCCCCCACCUGGUUCCACUGCUAGGCUCACAGAUGAGUCGGGCUCAGACAGGAAGACUUGUCCGUGCCAAGCGGAUGGUGGUGGCAGCCAAUCCGACAGAAUAUGAAUAUAUGGAGGGCAGCAUACCGAUAGAGUGGGAUGCUUGGAUCCGAGGCAGACGGAAGGAGCCCCCCUCCAUCGAGGAGCUGCUUAAGAAUGAUUCUUAUAGAGAACAGAUCAAACUGCAGGCAAAGGACUUGGAGAAGAAAGAUCUGGCUCUCCAGGUUAAGGAGUAUGAGGAAGGUCUAGUGGCGACUCCUGUGGCCAAAGGCCAUGCAGCUGCCCCCGGCUUUGGCAAACAGCAGAUCAGCGAGGUCCCUACCAGCACGGCAAAUGCGUUCCAACCUGGCUCAUGGAUGCCCAACUUGAAAAAAAAGAGAUAAUCACACACAGACUACUGUACUAUUUCAUAGAAGUCAAAUGUUAUUGGUAUUUGUAUUAUAAAUUAGUUUCUAAUAAGUUGUAAAAUAAACUGCAAUAAACAUAUGUUCCAUCUUUAGUA